AUGGGGCUGUUUUGGAGCCCCCCGAACAUGUUUUUUAUCGUUGAGGUGUACGCCGCUUGCUUGGCAGGACUGUGGGUGGGCGCAAAUGGCGCUGCCUCCCCGUUGUGGAACGACAGUUCCUUCAAUUUUGCUCCAGAUCAAGCUUACCCCUCUACGCAGGUUAACGAUGUUCCUCUUACUGAUUUCGUUGUGUCAGAUUUAUAUGAGGUUAAGGAGUAUCACAGGAGGUCCACAGGGGGCUUGCUUGGUAGAGUAAUUGUUGCUGCGGUGAUAGCUGCCAUAGCAUUCGUCCUUCUUCGCUGUUUUAUCUCUCUCAAGCAAAAGCCAAGUGACUGGGCAUCCCGCCAUCUUGCAGAAGGUAAACCCGAUGUGGAAUGUCAGGACUACUCAUAUACUGUAAUGAGAAUUGACGCCCCGACGCCUAAAGUGAAGAAAACAGCGAAAUCAGAACACUCGCUUGCGACGAAGGAGGUCCUACAAACGCUUCGGACUAAUUAUUGCUCUACAGUUUCUUCACUGCGGUGCGUACCUAUGCGUUUAUUCGUAUUUUCAGCGUCUAGAUCACAAAAAAUAGUUUCUCACGGCCUGUGCUUCCAGUUUGAUAUUAUCGAAGUUGGCCCAGUGGCUGAGGAGAACCUACCUACGGCGGUUACACCAAGGGGCGAGGGCCAUGCUCUCCGGGUAUCAAGAGCAAGUCUAGUGCAGCAAGAAGAAGAGCUGGCUCCCCAAGCCAUACAGAAUGAACCAAAAGAGCAAGAAGAUGAGAAGCCACGGAGUGACGAAGGCUCUGACCCGUUCUCAGAUUCUCCGGACUCAGAGGCAAGCCAUGAGUCCUCUCCUGAGUCGUGUUGCAUUCAGCUGCUCCUUCUCGGGCAUCCUAGAAAUGCUAGCUGA